CUACGCAUCCCAUCGCUUCUUCACUUUACUUCCACUCAUCAUUGAGCUUCAGCCAUUACGAGAGUUAACAACUCGACCGGCGCUGCGAGCUGACUCGGAAUCGCCAGCAAGUAGAUCUCGAAAAUUCCAACGAGAGUACAGCGAGAUGCACCUUUAAAGCAAGACAAUGAAGGAGGCUCGCAUUAGGUGCUAAUAUAUGUAUAGAGGUGAAGACGCACUUUUACUUUCAUGCACUCUGGCUCCGAUCGUGCGAGAUUUAAAAAUAGAGAUCGCAAGCGCUUAAAACGCCAGUUUGGAAUUAUUCUAAAAAGUGUCACUCUGAAUUAGCAGCGAAUGAGCAGUGCAAUAACAUCCCGCGAACGAAAAAUGAGCCGCAAGGAGCACUAGCUCUCGCGAGUAUAACAAUCUACAUACGCAUAAUAUUGCCUCGGAUCUGCAGAGCUCGAGCGAGGCCUCAAGGCUUUUCGAAAGCUCUCUCUCUCUCUCUCUCGUACGCGCGCGUAAAUUAAUAGCAGCAGCGGCGCAAGAGUGCGGGAGUAGGCCACCGCGCGCGCGCGAUUGUAAUCGCGGCGGCGAUCCCGAGAAUUUCUGCCCGCGUCUCGAGUGUGCAGUAUACACUGCGCAGAGAGGAGAGCUGAGAGCUGAGAGCAAUUGUUCUGGGAGCGCGAGCCUCGAUACGUGCCGCGUAUGCAUAAUGCGUCCCCCCGAGCGAGCUUCUGUGCACCGUGUAUUAUAUUGUGUAAGUUGCGGAGUACAUGUAACAUGCGUGGCGUUCUUUUGCUUCAAAAUUUUUACUCCUUGCAGAUGGGAGUCUUUUAACUGAAGCUCACUUUGACAAAAUAAUGAAUUAUAGUUUGCAGUGCGAAGCCGAUGCAAAUACGCUAAGUAUAGAUAUAUAGAUUCAAGAUUGUAUAUAUUCCAUAUUUCCACAUGUUUGGAGAUUUGAUGAUUCCAUAAAUUACAAAUGUUGGCGCGCUGCCAUCGAAUUGGCCGCAUCACAACGUGCAGAACUGCCCCUGCAUCAGGCGUAAAAACUGCAGACGACACGCUUUAAAUUUGGCGUAUUUUAUUUUUAGGUUAAUUUUAGGUUUCAAAAUGUUUAAAGAUAGUUUUAAGUAUUACAAAGCUCGGAAGCCGCCUCCAGACUUGAAAGAUGUGAUAGAUGUCGAGAAGACUGAUGACCCGACUGUUAGGAAAAUAGCUGUGUCUUCCGAAUGUGCAACACACUUGAAAACAAGCUUUGGUCUGAAGUCGACGAAAAAUUGGAAUAUUUACGAAUUUCUUGACGUUCCAGGUCUGAUUUUAAUUGAGAAUCCAUUUACUGCUGAAGGGCAACAAGAAUGGAUACUAAAAUGUUUGAAAGAAUAUUCAAAAAAGCCAAACAUUUUGAAUAUUGAUGCACAUGGUUUAUUAAAUGAUGACGAAACUUGGUGGGAAAGCUGUUUUGGAAAAUCACAUAAUGAAGACCUGCUAUCGAAAUUAAGAUGGGCCACUCUAGGCUACCAUCACAACUGGGACACUAAGCAUUAUUCUGAGAACUUGAGAACUGAGAUGCCAAAGGAUUUAACAAAUCUUACCAACUAUUUUGCAGAAGUACUAGGUUUCCACCAAUUUAAAGCUGAAGCUGCCAUAAUCAAUUACUACAGAAUGAAUUCCACCUUAGCUGGUCACACUGAUCAUUCAGAAGUCUUCCUUGAAGCUCCAUUGUUCUCAAUAAGCUUUGGUCAAACUGCAAUUUUCCUUAUCGGCGGACAUAAACAAGACGAUCCAGCUCAUGCUUUAUUCUUGCGCAGUGGAGAUGUUGUUGUAAUGUCCGGAGAUUCCAGAUUGAGGUACCAUGGGGUGCCUAAGAUUUUGUAUGAUGAUUCGAAACCUUGGAAUGCAACUGAUAAUUCUUCAAUAGACAGGAUAGACUGGCAAAAGGCACAAUCUUAUAUUCUUGAAGCUAGGAUAAACAUGAAUGUACGACAGGUUUUGAAGCCAGGACAGUUGAAUUUAUAAAAUAAUUUAUACAAUGCUGCACUGUAAAUAAUAAUUUUUAGGUAGCAGCUAUAUACAUAUUUUUGUUAUGCAUUUUUAACCAGUGAACAAAUUCUAUUUGAAUAAAUCUAUUUAUUGUCUA